UCGAAAGUAAGAGCGAACACUUCAACGGCGUCUCCGGAUCUCUGAGGAGUCCGGGAGCAGAAUGAGCCUGGAAUAGACCAUAAAAUGAGUUCGGGGGUCUGAUAGCGGAGAUCUGAGAGCGGAGCAGACUCAGUCCGUCUCCUGAUGGGUAACUAAAGAUCUGAGAGCGGAGCAGACUCAGUCCGUCUCCUGAUGGGUGAGGAGAGAUCUGAGAGCGGAGCAGACUCAGUCCGUCUCCUGAUGGGUGAGGAGAGAUCUGAGAGCGGAGCAGACUCAGUCCGUCCCCUGAUGGGUGAGGAGAGAUCUGAGAGCGGAGCAGACUCAGCCCGUCUCCUGAUGGGUGAGGAGAGAUCUGAGAGCGGAGCAGACUCAGUCCGUCUCCUGAUGGGUGAGGAGAGACCUGAGAGCGGAGCAGACUCAGUCCGUCCCCUGAUGGGUGAGGAGAGAUCUGAGAGCGGAGCAGACUCAGUCCGUCCCCUGAUGGGUGAGGAGAGAUCUGAGAGCGGAGCAGACUCAGUCCGUCUCCUGAUGGGUGAGGAGAGAUCUGAGAGCGAAGCAGACUCAGUCCGUCCCCUGAUGGGUGAGGAGAGAUCUGAGAGCGGAGCAGACUCAGUCCGUCCCCUGAUGGAGCUCAGAGCUGUGGUGUUUGGGGGGAAGUUUGCUGGGAAGACCACACUGAUCAAUGCCGUGUUUGGAAAAGGCUUCCUGCCGAAUCAGAAGAGGACUGCUCAGUGUGAGAAGCUACAGGGAAAUGUGUGUGGAAGAGAGCUGACGUUGGUUGACACUCCAGGCUGGUGGAAGCAUUUUCCACUGAGCGACACUGCAAACUUUCUGAAAAAGGAGCUCAUUCAAGGAGUCUCUUUGUGCCAUCCAGGACCCCAUGUGAUCCUGUUGGUCAUUGAGAUUGACAUUCCAUUCACAGAGAAGCACAGAAAAGCUGCAGUGGAUCACCUUGCACUCCUUGGUGACCAGAUCUGGACACACACUCUUGUGCUGUUCACUAGAAGCCGCUCUCUGGGGAAAAGAACUAAAGAACAGCACAUUGAAAAAGAGGGAGAAGCUCUAAAGUGGCUGAUAGAGAAAUGUGGGAGCAGAUAUUAUGCCUUUGACAGUACAGUCUUAGAUAAAACAUCUCAGGUGAAGGAGCUGCUGGAAAAGAUUGAGAACAUAGUGCGAAUAAAUGGUGGUGCUCAUUUCCAAAUUGAGGCAAAGAUACUGGAGGAGGCUGCAGAGUGGAAGAGGACUGUGAUGACCAGAGCAAAGUCCAGAGAGUUAAAACAACGAGAACAUCUUGAGAAAGAGGAGCUGAGAAUCACAUUGCUGGGUUGGGUGAUUGCUGGGAAGAGUUCAGCUGGAAAUACCAUCCUUAACAAAAAAGUGUUUGUUACUGAUAAAAGUACUCUUGAAUGUCAAAGUGGAUGUGGGGAAGUGGAUGGAAGACCAGUAACUGUGCUCGAUACACCCAGCUGGUUUAAGUACUUUCCUGCUCAGUACACUCCAGCAUGGAUAAAGUCUGGAAUUUUAAAUGGUGUAUGUCAGACUGUCACCCCCCCACACUGCAUACUUCUAGUGAUUCCUGCAGACACAUCAUUCCACGAGGAACAGAGAAAGGUCAUUGAAGAGAAUAUGAGCUUACUUGGAGAGCAGCUGUGGCGACACACCAUUGUACUUUUCACAUCAGGUGACAUACUUGGAGACGUGACCAUAGAGCAGCACAUUGAGAGUGAAGGUGAAGCUCUGCAGUGGGUGGUCGAGAAAUGUGAGAACAGAUAUCACAUCUUCAACAAUGAGGACAGAGAGAAUCGUGUUCAGGUUACAGAGCUGCUCCAGAAGAUUGAUCAGAUGGUGGCUCGAAACAGUUCAUUACAACUGAAUGCUGAGACGACUGGCAGAAUUCAUGCAAAGCAAGAAGAAGAAGCACAAACAAAGUCUACUGACGAGCAUGACUUACAGGAUAUUGUCCGAUUUGUGGAUGAGGAAUGGAGAAGAAGAGACAAAGAGUUUGUCAAAAGGGUUUCAGAGGUGAAGAAGGCCAUAAGGGCUACAUUCCCCCAAAGGGGAGAUAGAAGUAUGGAUUACCCUCCUAAGAUGAGUGAGACGAGAUUAAACACUGAGACAGAGGAUCACACUGAUGAGAAAGUGUCUCAAACAGAGCCGGAGUCUCGCAAUGUAGGAACAGUUCAGGAUGAGGCCAAAAGCACCCUGAAACUCAAGGAUCACAUUAAAGAGAUGCUUGAUCGGGAGUGGAACAGACGAGAAGAGGCAGUGAUGGGAAGAUUUCUGGAAAUGUUGAGUGAGCUCAAACGUGUGAGUGAGAUGUGUUUAAACACUGAGACAGAGGACAGUGUUGAUGAGGAAGUGUCUCAAACAGAGCUGGAGUCCUGCAAUGUAGGGAUAGUUCAGGAUAAGGCUAAAAGCAUCCUGUCACUCAAGAGUCAGAUUAAAGAGAUGCUUGAUCAGGAGUGGACCAGACAAGAAGAGGCAGUGAUGGGAAGAUUUCUGGAAAUGUUGAGCGAUCAGGGAUGGGAGACCCAGUCUGAGCCAACGGACGAUGACAAAGAACGAUCCAAAAUCAAAGUCUCCCACUGGUUACGGGGGUGCUCUGAAGGAUAUGAGUCGACUUCAAACAGUGUUCAGUUAGACAAAUGACAUCAUCAUAAGAGUUUUCUGAGACCUUUUUUGACCAAAUUAAUCAAUACUACAAUAAUGAAACGUGUAAUCAGUUCUGCUGUACUUUGUGUUUCUGUAAUUUAAAGGGGAAAUCCUGUUUCUGAAUGAUUUAGACUUUGAGAUGUAAACAGAGUCAUUCAGAGUGUUUUGAUGUGAAGUGAUUAAUUGUAGAGAAACAUACAGACUCAGGUUUCUUUACAGUGGUGUACAGUGGUCAGAUUUCUUUACUGGGGUCACCAUGACUACACAAAUACAGACAUUUUAUUUACUAUCCAAAGUAAAUAAAUAACUUUGAUAUGGAAUAUUUAUGGUAAAGUAGACAUUAAUCUGGAAAAUAUUUAAAUAAGUUUUCUUUGGGGACUAUUUUGCCUCACAACACCCUUCAUGUAUCCCCCCACAAUGAAUGGAUUAUGCUUUUCAAGUUUUCUCCAGCAAGUCCCAAGAAAGACCUGCAGCAGAGCAGAUGGGCAGAUGUAUCGCGUUGUGCUUGUUUUGGCCAGCAGAGGGCGAUGCUACUGCUAUCUACUGACCACUUCAACCACUCGCUCACCUAGUUUACUCUAGUUCACCUAGAGAACACUGCUGUGUAAACCUCGACCAGAAUCUUGCAAGUGUCCAGUGAGUCCACAACAUGACCACAAAUGUCUUUUCAGGAUACGAGGUGACCCAGGGGUUAAAGCAGGGGUGGAGUUAUGGGUCUAAAUCGCUCUACCAGGUGAUCGGUGGGCUCUGAUUUGUACAGACAGACAGUCUAAGUGAAUGUAGCUACACAUAGAUACACAAACAGAGCAUCAUUUUAAACUGUGUCAGUUUUUCAGCCUCCAUAUAUGACAUACGGCAUAUACUGAUAGCAGUGACUCUGUCUGUCCAGAACUGCAGCUGCCCAGGGGGGAGUUUAGGGUCUGGAUAUUGGGCUACAGCCACAAGUUUUUUAGAGUUUUGUAGAUUUUUUUUAAUUUUUUUACUGCCAGAAUGUUUAAUAUGAAUUAUGGGCUUAAUAACUCAAAAUGUCAUGUAUGUAUACAUAAAUAAAUAAACUGUACUGAAACAUUGUAGUUUCAUGAUUUUUGUUAUUGAGUGUUCUAGUUUACCAGCUUCACUCUCCAUGGUACCCACUGUAUGAUUUUCUGACAUGGUUUACAAAGUUAUUUAGCUAAUACCCAGUUUAACAGUCAGCCAUCACCAUAGUUUAUUACUGUAAAGCACUUACCAUGGUCAAAAAACCGUUGUAUAUUUUAAUGAUAUAUUGACCACCAAAUGCAAAUGUUCUAGUUUUCAUUUCUGAAUUGUGGUCUCCUUACUGUAACACCAGCAACAACCCCUUGAAUUACUGCUGCUCCAAUUAAUAAGGUCACUACUGCUAAAACUACAACCACUGAAACAGCAUCACGUACAACUUCACAUUAUUCAGUCAUGUCAUUAAGAAGUCCACGUCUCCAUGUUGGUGGGUGAGCUGUUACUCUGACUGUGCUCUGAUGGA